AGACGGUGUCUUCUAGGACCCGGAUUGAGGUAAAAUGGCGGGCUCGUGGUGAGCGGCUGUCAGGAAUGAAAAUAGAAAUACCUUGAAGAUUUUAAAAUCGGUUUCUCUUCAAAUCAUCUUCUCUCAUACCACCCGAUAAGGAUUUUGAUUCAUCAUGGCGUUAGCAGCAGUAAAAUGGGUGAUAUCAAACAGAACUCUCUGGAAACAUUUAUUUCCAAUUCAAAACGGAGCUUUAUAUUGUGUUUGUCAUAAAUCUACAUAUUCUCCUCUACCAGAUGACUAUAAUUGCAAAGUAGAGCUUGCUUUGACAUCUGAUGGCAGGACAAUAGUGUGCUACCACCCUUCUGUGGACAUUCCAUAUGAACAUACACAACCUAUCCCUCGGCCAGAUCCUCUGCAUAAUAAUGAAGAAACACAUGACCAAGUGCUGAAAACCAGAUUAGAAGGAAAAAAUGAGCCCUUGGAGCAAGGACCCAUGAUAGAACAACUUAGCAAAAUGUUCUUUACUACUAAGCACCGUUGGUAUCCUCGUGGACAGUAUCAUAGACGUCGUAGGAAACUGGAUCCUCCAAAAGACAGAUGAUACUGAGGUUUUCAGGAAUCAAAAAGAUGUUAUCUCGUGUCUCAUUCGCCUUUUGAGAAAAUGCAUUGAGUAUAUUCACUAACAUGUUAUAUAGCAAAAUAACAAUAAAAUGUGUUCAUAUAUUAGAAUGUAUGUUUCUUUAUAUAUAUUAGGGAAUUACGGAUUUGACAUUCUUACAGAAACCUACUUCAUCUUACUUUAGACAUUAAGGUCUGCCAUUUAUUUUUAUGUGUCUACUGUGAUUAAGUAUUUUUACAUCAUCAGCCAAAUAUUGUUAGUAGUGUAAAUAUGAUUAAUAGAAAUGUGCAUGGUUCUCCUUCUCAAGGAGAUUUUUAAAUUGCCUUUGGAAAGAAACUCAUGAGGUCUACCCAGAAAAUAAAUGUUACAAUUCUUUCUUGUGGCUUCUAGGAAAUAAUUAAAUUGCAGUUGAUCCUGACCAACACGAGUUUGAACUAUGCAGGUCCAUUUAUACACAGAUUUUUUUUUGGGGGGGGGAUAAAUAUAGUCCAGUACUGCAACUGUAUUUUCUCUUGAUAUUCUUAGUAACAUUUUCUUCUCCCUAGCUUUAUUGUAAGAAUAUAAAAUACACAUUGCAUGUAAAAUUA